UGUUAUGAAGCAGGAAGCUCUGUUCUUUCAAAUUUGGGUGUGUAGUAGUGUAACGUUAGCACAGAGAAAUACGUUUUUGUUUGACUCACUGGAUUAUUUACAAAGCGACUUCACCUUACAACCACAUAUAGGUCAACAGAUAACUUCCUCGUUAAAGAAAAGGAGAUAUUCUGCAACAGUAUCCUGCAUGGUUGGUGUGUUAAGCAGACAUGGCGCUGGAGGAAGGGGCACGGAGUUGUCUGCUGCGCUUUCGCCACAGACUAGAGCAGGACAUCAAGCCCUCCUACCUGAUGGAUCACAUGAUCAGUGAUGAUGUGCUGACCGUUGAUGAGGAGGAGAAGAUCAAGAACCAGCCCACCAGGAAGGAUCAGGCUGUGGCCCUGCUGGAGCUGCUGCUGAAGAAGGACAACCGUGCCUAUAUCUCCUUCUACAACGCCCUGAUCAAAGAGGCAUAUGAUGAUUUGGCCAAUCUGCUUCAUGAUGACCUACCGCGCAUUUUACCUGAGGCGUAUAGGAGCACCUCCAAUGGCUUCACAUCCUAUGUCCAGACGGUGCUCAGUGAGGGCGGUGUACCCCAGAGGCCUGUGGUUUUUGUCAGCAGACCAGAGCUGGUGAACCGGGUCAGGGAGAAGCUCUACCGGCUCCAGAGGGAACCUGGCUGGGUCACUGUCUUCGGCAUGGCUGGCUCAGGCAAAUCUGUCCUGGCCGCUGAGGCUGUCAGACACCAUGAACUCAUUGAAGAGUGCUUUCCCGGAGGCAUCCACUGGCUGUCCAUCGGCCAGCUGGACAAACCCGACCUGCUGGUGAAGAUCCAGUCAUUGUGCUUCCGUCUGGAGCAGAGCCUGGAUUCACAGUCCCUCCACAGGCCCCCCAGUUCUCUGGAUGAAGCCAAGGAACGCCUACGCUUCCUCAUGCUGCGCAGAUAUCCGAGAUCUCUGCUGAUUCUAGAUGACGUCUGGGAAAGCACAGUGCUAAAGGUGUUUGAUAUCCAGUGUCGGAUACUUCUGACCACCAGAAACAGAAGCCUUACUGAUUCAGUCAGUGGUGCUAAAUAUGAGGUGGAAGUGGAGAGCGGUCUGGAUGAAAACAAGGGUCUGGAGAUCCUCGCUCUGUACACUAAUAAUAAUCCCCAGGGGCUACCUGAGGAGGCCCGCAGCAUUGUCAGAGAAUGUAAAGGCUCGCCUCUGGUGGUGUCCUUGAUCGGGGCUUUACUCAAAGAGAAGCCCAACCGUUGGCGUUACUAUCUGUGCCAGCUGCAGCAGAAGCAGUUCAAACGUAUAAGGAAAUCGUCAUCUUACGACUACGACGCCCUGGACCAGGCGAUGGCUGCAAGCAUUGAGGUCCUACCUGAUGACCAUAGAGAGCUAUACAGGGACCUCACUGUGAUAGAGAAAGACGUCAAAGUCCCUGCUAAGGUGCUGUCUGUCCUGUGGGACCUGGAACCAGAGGAAGUAGAGGACAUUCUUGAGGAGUUUGUCAACAAGUCUCUGCUUUUUGUGGACAGUCACCACAGACCUUACCUGUACUACCUCCAUGACCUCCAGCUAGACUUCCUGGAAGAGAAGAAUCGCACCCAGUUAGAGAGCCUUCACACUAAGGUGGUGCGUCAGUACCAGAAGCACUACAGAGAUGGACCUCCCACCUCAGGAGACGAGGAAUGUCUCUACUGGAUCAGAUUCUUGACCUACCACUUGGCCAAAGCCAACCUCUCCCAGGAGCUCAACUCCCUCAUGUUUUCUCUGGACUGGGUCAGAAUAAAGGCCCAAAUAAUGGGUCCAGCUCAACUCAUCAAUGACUAUGUGGAGUAUGGACCCAUUCUGGACAAAGAGAACAGUGAAGUACGCAGUCAGUUCCAGGAGUUUCUGUCUCUGAACGGCCACCAGCUGGAGCAGCGUCCUUUCCCUGAUGUGGUGCAACUUGCUCUGUCUCAGCCACACGCUUCUGAGGUCUACAGACAGGCUCUGCUGCAGGCACAGGAGCGGGCCAGUACCGGGAAACUCUACUUUGACUGGCUGAACAAGAGCAGUGUAGAGAGCCUGUCCCGUCUGGUGAUCCACCCCCACCAGGGCUCCAUCUACUCUGCCUGCUUCUCCCACGAUGGAGCCAAGAUUGCCUCCUGUGGAGCCAGCAAGACACUCAAGGUGUUUAAAAGCACAUCAGGUGAGAAGCUCAUGGAGAUCCAGGCCCAUGAUGAGGAGGUACUGUGUUGUGCCUUCUCCCCCGACGAUCGUCUCCUAGCAACCUGCUCCAGUGACAGGAAAGUAAAGGUGUGGAAUGUGGAGCGAGCCAUGCUGCUGAGGGUCUUUGAGGAGGAGCAUGAAGAGCAGGUCAACCACUGUCAGUUUACCAACACAACACGGCGCCUCCUGCUGGCCACCUGCUCCAACGACAAGAUCUUGAAUGUCAAGUUGUGGAACCUCAACAAACCAACCUCACAGAACACCAUGUUUGGCCACUUCGAGCCAGUCAACCACUGCUGUUUCUCCCCUGAUGACUCCUUUGUGUCCACCUCCUCCAACGACGGUACCGUUAAGCUAUUUCAGGUGUCAUCUGCCAACGAGUGGAAGACGAUCGACGUGAGGAGCAUGUUUACGGAGAACGAUGAGGAAGUGUUCGUCAAGUGCAGCACCUGGACUGCCGACGGCAAACACAUCAUAUGUGCUGCCAGGAACGCCGUUCUGGUGUUUGACGUGGAGACAUCGGACAUGUUGUUGGAGAUCAGGACCAGUCGUCUGAGCAUGGUGCAAUACUGUCAAGCCUGUCCUACCAGUAACCUGCUGGCCAUCGCAUUCUCAAACUACGCUGUGGAGCUAUGGGACUUAGAGGCCAAUAAGAAGAUGGCUGAUCUCAGUGGUCACCUGAGUUGGGUCCAGCGUGUCCAGUUCUCCCCCGACGGCUCACAGCUGCUCUCCUGCUCUGAUGACCAAACUGUCAGGUUAUGGGAGACUAAUAAGGUGCACACCUCCUCAGCAGUCUGCCUGAAGAGAGACUCUGAUGUUCUCUUCAAUGAUGAAGAAAUCAUCGUGUCGGCUGCAGAUAACUGCAACAGACUGCAGGUGCGUGAUGGCAGGACUGGAUCAGUACUUUUCCAGUCGGAGGAGAAGCCAUCCAGGAUCCGGUGUACCUGCAUGUGCAGGCAGCCCUCUGCUGUGGUCCUGGGGCAAGAGGACGGCACUGUACAGGGAGCAGGGCUGACAGCUAGUCAGGUACUGAGGACGGUCGGCCGCAGGAUCCGACGACUGUUGACCUCCUACAGGAGGUUGGUGCUGGCGGUAGGGCUGUGCACAGGCAGCGUGCAGGUGUUGGAGGUGCCCUCUGGGAAGCUCCUAGCCACUCUGCUAGGACACACCAAGACGGUGUUGCACUGCCAGUUCAGCCAGAAUGGCCAAACACUCAUCACAUCCUCCGAGGACACCACCAUAAGGGUGUGGAGGUGGCAGUCAGGGGAGUGUAAAGUACUGCAGGGUCACAAGGAGCAGAUCAGAUGCUUCUCUCUGCUCUCCAACUCACCUGCUGAUACGAGACUGCUGUCCUGGUCCUUUGAUGGUACCAUCAAGGUAUGGGACAUAGAAAGCGGAGAGAAGCUGCAGGACAUCGAGGCUCACCGGGGAGCCAUCCUGUCAUGUCAUGUCUCGCCAGACGGAUGCCUCUUCGCCACCACCUCUGCUGACAAGACUGCUAAGUUAUGGUACUGUGAUUCCUGGCAGUGUGUCCACACACUGAGCGGUCACCAAGAAUGUGUCCGAAGCUGCCGAUUCUCAUGGGACAGCCGACGCCUCGCAACAGGAGAUGACAACGGAGAGAUCCGGCUCUGGAGUGUCAAGGACGGCGCUCUGCUGAAGAUUUGUUCGCGGGAUGGAAAGGACGGCAUGGACUCGCUCCAUGGAGGCUGGGUGACCAACCUGCACUUCUCCCCAGACAACUCCCUUCUGGUCUCGACUGGGGGUUACAUCAAGUGGUGGGACGUGGAGAAAGGCGAAGCCCUGCAGACCUUCUAUCCGACAGGAAGCGCUUUGAAGAGGAUCCACGUGUCGUCCGACUUCUCCACCUUCGUCACCAUCGACAACAUCGGCAUCCUCUACAUCCUCCAGAGGGUCGCAUGAUGAUGACAUUACUGUCCAAAAAAAAGGAGAAAAAACCAAAACACAACCAUCCAACGUGACACUACGUUUUCUUACAAAAACUACAGUGUUACAGACUUACAUUACAGGUUUGGGUACAUUAAGAAUGCUUGCAGAAGGCUAAUCUACGAGCUACAGCAUCCUCAAGCCAAACGCACGCUUCUCAGAUAUACAGUUAGCAUUUCUGCUGCAAUUUUUUAGCAGUUUGCAGCAUUAAAACAGAGCAUUAGGGUCAGCUGGCCCUGCUAACUUGACUAGUUUACACCAUCUUUAAAUAAGGACCACUGUAGCAACCAUCAAUUUACCUACCAGCUUGAGUGAUAAUGCACCAGACUAAGAAUUGCGAUCUCAUACUCACUGCAUUUACAUGGUUUUGUACAUAACAAAGCAGAAUCUCCUGUAAAAGGAAGAACAGGUACUUCAAAAA